AGCAAGAGAGGAGGAGGAGGAGGAGGAGUGUGAAAAUUGCGGAGUUCUCGCGGAUUCCGAGAACACACAGUUCACACUCAGACCAGAUUGUCGGUGCCGGAGCCCGGACUGCCCGAUGAGUUUUUGGACUCUACUACUUCCAUUCGGAGUGGCUCAGAGCACACGUCCACGCGCAGGAAACACUCGCGUUUCCAAAGGUCUUUCAGGGCUCGGAGAGCGGAAUCAGGUGCCGCCUCCUCCAGCCGGGCUGCUGACGAAUGGCAGCGGAUUACAGAUGAGGACACAGUGACCCUCUCUACCUUCCUGCGCCUCUGCCGUUGGCAUGUGGGGUUCCCGUGUGGCCACAUCUGAGAUCAGAAAUGCAGAACUUCCAAAUAUUCCUCAUUUCUCUGAAAGUGCUCACAGCAUCAUUCUAAACCAGUGUGGAUUGAGUCAAACUGUCACUGAUUGCAAUGUGAUGCCAGCUGGGUUGUCCUGCUAAGACUUAACAAAUACCUGAUGGUCUUGGAUAUAAAACUCUUUGACUGGAAAAGGAGGACAGUCCAAACCCUACUGCUUUCAGAGUUCAUUGCACAGAUCUUUCGAAGACAUUUUCAGUAGUUGUAGAAAAACACAUCAGGGCAUCCUACUGUAGAACAUGACUCAUGGGGUGGAGUCUGGCCCUGAAACUCACCAGGAUUCCACUGCUUUAACAUAUCUGGAGGGUUUGCUAAUGCAUCCGAUCACAACUGGGCCAACUGCCACUGCUACACUGAGAUCAGAGCCUGACCACAACAAUGAGGAAAAUGCCAACAAGGUAACUAGGGCAUUUUUGCUACCCAACCAUGGCUCCGCCUCACCAGACAAGGGCAGCCCACCUAGUGCAUCCUCACAGCAUCUUAAAAAGGCCAGACUGCUUCGCUCCGGGGCAUGGAGUGUAGAUGACAGCAAGAAACAGGCUGGGGAUGUGGUGGAAGUGAGUGGACGAGGCCUGGAUGGCCCUGUGCAGGGGGAAAGCACAUUGCUGGCCUCUCUGCUGCAGUCCUUCAGCUCCCAGCUGCAGAGUGUCGCCUUGUCACAGCACAUUUCUCAAAGCCACAAACAGUUCAAUAGGGAGAGAAGUGAAAGCUCUCCUGUUGAUAAGGAAACCCAGCAGAGUUACAGCACAGCAUCAGGCCACCUCAAAAGCCUCAUGAGGAAAAGCAAGCAGCAGAACCAUAACACAGUGCCUUAUUGUCGUCGGAGUAACCAGAACCGAAGUUCUGAGUCCCCUCGCUCCAUUCAAAGCUCUGACCAGCCCACUGCUUCAGAAUCCAUGUCCUGCACAGAGCGGCUAAAAGCUGUGGCCAACAUAGUGCAGGCCAGGUCUAGUCCGGCCCCUUCCCCCAAGCCCAGUGUAGCCUGCAGUCAGCUGGCUUUACUACUGUCCAGUGAGGUUCAUCUACAGCAGUACUCCAGAGAGCAGGCCUUGAAAGCACAAUUAGCAAGUCGAUCAGCGAGCGAGAGGCUAGCUGCCAUGGCCACACAGCAAACGCAGGAUAAGAGGCCUCCCAGCAUGGGGCUCCCAUCAACUUCCCCAAACAUGCUAAGCUCCCUAACUGUUCAAAAUGGAACACUUUCCCCACCAGCAUUAAACUCCAGCAAGAGAAGCCCUUCCAUUCCUUUGUCCUCCCCAAGAGACCCCAAAGAGAGACGGCCAUUUGACAGACACAGUCGACCUUCACAAAACUGCAGCAGCCUUCUGCUAUUGCUCCUCAACAACCACAAUGCCCAGCAGCAGCUCACCAAGAACGGACACAUGGAGGAUGAUCGCGGCAUCCUCCCAAGCCAGGCCACCUCCCUGCAGUCCGACAGUGACUACUCCAACCAGGAGAACAGUCUAACCAAAGACAGCAGUGACGCUGAGAGCUUUUCCAGCUGUUCCCCUAUUGACCUCUCCAUGAGAGGCAGAUUGACUAGCCAAAAAUCUGAGGCCUGCUCUUCCUUAACCUCCUCUUUAGACAAGCUCACAGAGUCUCUCAUAAACAAAUGGAAGCCGGAACCUUCUGCAGCAAAGGUUCAUGAGGCCAUGGAUCUGGAUGCCAGCCCAGACAUGAAAUCCCAUGAUAAGGUCACCCUAAUGCAGUUACUGCUAGAGCGCAGAAAUAACAAGGUAAACAAAGGUCCAGAUAAUCCUGGUUUGCAGCCUGAGGCAGUCAUCAGCAGCUUGACUGCAGGUCCACUUAAACGGAUUGGCACGCCGGAGGACAGCAGGACGUGGAGUCCUCUGGACUGGCAGACAGGUGGAUGUUUAUCUACAUUCAGCUCAGUCUCACCGUCCUAUUCCUACCCAUCUCCCCGUGCCCAGUCUAGCCCCCUUGAUUUGUGCAAGUCUAAAAGUCACUCUAGUGAGAAGAUGGCAGAGCCUUCUUUCAGUGCCAGCAAACUACUACAGAAUCUGGCACAGAGUGGCGUAAAUAACUUGUCCCCUUCUCCUCCAUUACACACUUACAAGUCAACCAGCAGAAGGCAAAGCCCAAAACUUGAUCUUGACAAGCCACAGGCUCUUCUGAAUCAGUUUGUCUCUCCAAUAAAACAGAACAGAACCUCCAUGCUGGAUAGACCCCCUGCUACUUUCACACCUCACAAGCAUGAGCAGUCACUCUUGGCAUCAACGCAGUUAGAAAACCUUCUAGAGAAGCGCACUGUACUGCAGCUUCUGCUGGGAACUGCUUCCCACAAGGAAAGAUCCAGCAUGCACAGAGUCUCUGAAGUAACACCAAGGGGGCUGGAGAAGCCUCAGUGGACCUCCGCCACCUGUGACAGCUCAAAUGGGCCUUUACUGAACGUCAAGAUAAAAACAGAGCCAGUAGAGGAGAAUCUUUCAUCAGACAGCUCUGAUGAUGGCAUGUUCCAUCAAAGACAAUCAGAGCAACCCACUCCCAUUUCAGAAGCACAGGACAAGAUCAAAUCUGAGCUAUGUCCUAAAGAAACAGCUGAGAAAUUUGAAUUUCUUAGCCAGCUUUUGAAAGAGCAGAAUGCUACCUACCUUUCAAAGCCACACAACAAGCUCCUCUUGAACUCUGUAAAAGAGGAGUCAUUGGAUUUUCACAGCCCUGCUCCUAAAAAAAGAAAACUGUGCAUUGAGCUGGCCGAGCACCUGAAUAAUGAGCUCUGUCAAGUAUCAGGAGAUACAACAAGUGACAAUCUGGUGUCUGGAACUUCUGAAUACAUGAACAGACAGCUGAUAAGGCCAAUGGAAGAAGAUUUAGCUAGGAGUCCAAGGAGCAAAGCUCCUCUGUCCAGAGAAAGCCAAGGCUUCAAUGUUCUCAAACAACUCCUCCUCUCAGAAAACUGCCUGAAGGAGUUAUCCCAACCCAGAGGGACCCUGAAUCCCUUCCUCCCUGCAGCCAAUGGGAACUUAACUCAGUCUGGUUUUUCUCAUGAGUUAUCGAACUUACCAUGGUACCCGUAUUCUCUCAGUACAGGGCCUGGUGUCCCCAAAUCAGUGUCCACUCCAGCAUCUCAUGAUAGCAAUGGGGAGUCUCUACUUUGGGCUAAGGGCUCUCCCAAAGCCAGUCCUAAACCUGUUAAACAAGAACCUGAGGGGUCACCUGGAGAAACUUUUAUCAGGGAGGAGAGAUCCAGUCCAAACUCGCCACCUUUUACCAGAUCUAACCCGAUUCUGUACUACAUGCUCCAGCAGGGAAACGGCCAGCUAAGAAAUGAGAUUCGGGAUCAGGAACAGCCAGCCCACUGUGCAGUGAGUCUAAAAGUGGAACCUUGUUGUGAUAACGCUGACUAUUACCACAGGAUAAACUCUCUGGCUCAUAGACAGACUCCCAGCCAGAGAGAGGAGAAUCUGAAUGGCUCAGUGGAGAAAUGGUAGAUCUCUGCUACCAAAGACAGCAAGAUGCACAGUCAUGCGUUUCUGUCCAUUUUUAUUCUUAAAAUGAUGAAACCAAGACUGUUUGGCUGUUUAAAAUUAUUUUGUUUGUAUGUUUAAUUUGUGUUUGUUUUUAUGUCCGAAUGAGAUGGUCACAUGGCCCUCCAUGAUUUAAUUAUUUUGCAUACACAUCUUUUGUUGAGACUCUGCUAUGAAUGGAGUUGUAGUGUGUAUGCUGAGAUAACUGUUCAGCAGAACAUAACAUUUAAACCAUGAAAAGCCCUCCUGUACCUGAAAUAUUUAUGUUGAACAUUCAAUUACAUUUAUUAUUGAUGAAUCUAGAAAUGUUACUGUUAAUUUCACUCUAUAUUUAUCUACAGCCAAAUCAGGACCCUUCCUGUUUUUUAAUGCAAAUAAUAUUGUACAGCCUAAGCACAAUACCAUUACGGAUUUGUGGCAUUGAAAGUCCAAUAAUAACAGUGGAAUAAAUUGUAAUUGUAAUAUUCUUACAGCUGAAUUUAAAGGAAUUGCAGUGUAAUUUAUCAGGUAUCUUUUAUGUCAAGCUUUGUUGAGGUCAAGAGAGUUUUUCACAUAUUCAGGAAUGAGUGCUCUAGAAUGUUCUAUAAUUGUAGCUUAGUCAGUUCUACAUUGCUUUAAUUUCAUCUGGAAUGAAACCGUAGGUGUUAUGUGAUGAUAGUGGCAUGAUGUUUAAAAAAAAAAAUAAACCCAAACAAAGUGUCAUAUUUUUAGCAAAUGAAAUGCUUUUUACAGUUUGUAUAAUUUGUUUUGUACUUUAUCUAAAUAUUCUGCAUGUAGCAUUUCACAGUCUUGUGAACUCUAAUUGAAUUAUGUUGAAUUUUGAAAAGAUUAUACAGUUUGUCCACCAAAGCCACAAAGGUUUAUUAUUUUGAAUUCUAAUUUUUAUGAAAUAGAAGAUCUCUCUACAGGGGAAACAGAUCCCUGUUUAGGAUGCUGUGUGAAUCGUAUGUUAUACUGUGAGAAGGGAUUGCAAUCCAGUUUGAUUUUUUUAUUAGUUGAAUUGAAGUAAAUCUUUUUUAUAUAUAUUCUGAUAAAGGCCCAUCACUCACUAAGUCUUAAAUGAUCCUAGAAAAUGUCAGAAUUUAUUCCACAUUCUCUUAAUACGAUGCAUAUGUUUUGACAAUGGUUAGAUAUAUUUAUGUAAAUAUUGCUUUCAUGAUGAAAGAUGACUAUUUUGUAUUGUUCAAAACAAAAAUAGUUUUUAAAGUCUUGUAUUGUACAUAUAAAAACUGUAAUAAUGUACAUAGGGUACUGGAGUAAACACUUUUCUGCAUGUUGUGGGCUAACGAUAAUCUUUGUUCACAUCUACUGCUCUGUCUGAGGCUCUGCUCUGCUGCCUGUAGCAUGCACACGCAUGGGGAGUGCCUGUGUAUGGGGAAAUGUCAAGUCUUAAAAUAGAUGUUUUAUCAUGGAGAGAUGGGGACUUAAACUAUAAUCUGUGCAAAUGCAGUCCUAGACUUGUGAGCCAAUGCUCAAAACUGUGAGGACAAUUGUGCAUUUUGUUAAUGGUUUUAUGUUUCUGUUAUCGGUUAAAAAAAGAAGCUUAAUAAUAAUAAAAAAAAAUAUUGUUCAGUUUAAUUUAGUCUCUGUAAUAUACUCCUGUAAUGAUCAUUUGGUUUUCUUGUGUUCUGUUUAUGUUGUUUAUUUGCACUGAUAGCAUAAUAAAAUAUUGAAAA